CGCAAACAAUAGGGAAGUGAAGCAGAGAAUAAAUAACACACACACACACAAGUUCUUAUUCCAGAGCCUCCUCACCCAGCACUGACCUGUGACCAGCAGAAAAGGGCUCCUCCACAAUGGCGGACGCAUCAGACCCAGAAAAGUCCUCAUCACCACCAUCACCACCACCUUCGUACUCCUACCAGCAGCAGCCCCCACCAGCCUACUCCCCAGUCCCAGCAGAGUACUGUCCAACCAUGACUGAGGCGGCCUGCACCAGUGAGCCGGGCCCUGUGAACGAGUCGUUUAAGGACACUCUCCCAGAAACCCAGUCCGACCCGACCGCCCCCACAGAGCCGUCUGCUUUUGAAGACCAGCUGGUGAGGAGAGGGUUUGUUAGAAAGGUGUUCAGCAUCCUGACUCUGCAGCUGGUCUUCACCUUCACUGUGGUGUGUGUGUUCACCUUCUCCAGCGUGGUGAAAGAGGCGGUGCAGGAGAACCUGUGGGUCUUCCUCAGCUCCGUCCUCAUCUUCGGCGUGGUCGUGGUCCCCCUCGCCCUCUGUGAAUCCUUCAGACGUCGGUACCCUUGGAACAUCGUGGGCCUGGUUGUGGUCACCCUGAGCUUCUCGUACAUGGUGGGAACCAUGGCCUCGUUCUACGACACUGAUGUUGUGUUCAUCAUGAUGGGAGUGACGCUGGUGAUCACUGUGGUAAUCAUCGCCUUCUCAGCACAGACCCGUUAUGAUUUCACGACUUGUUACGGUAUUCUGCUGAUCCUGUCGGUCGAAAUCCUCAUGUUUGGAUUCUUCGCCAUCUUCUUCUCCAACAUCGGUGCCAUCGCCUACGGGUGUCUGGGAGCUCUGGUGUAUUCAAUGUUUCUCAUGAUUGACUGUCAGCUGAUGAUGGGGGCGAUGAGCUACCGCCUGGAUCCCGAAGAAUACAUCAACGCCACCCUCACCAUCUACCUCGACAUCGUCAUCAUCUUCCUCUGCCUACUGGGGAGGAGGUGAAGCUGAACACCCAACACCAAACAAACACAACAAACACAGACACACACACACAAAGACCCACACUCCAAAUAACAUGAAAAUGUCCUUUAUUUGUAUUGUUAUGUUAAAAGCGUAACCACAUCUGUGUUUUUUACAGACUGUUUCACAUGAAUAAAAAAAUGACAGAAGACA